AUGGUAAAUUGUAAUGUUGCUGCUACUCCGAUGAAUAUCAAUGAGAAGUUGUGUCAUGAUGAUGGUUCUGAAAUGGCAAAUGCAACUUAUUUUAGAAGUCUAGCUGGUGGUUUGAACUACUUGUCUCAUACAAGACCAGACAUUGCUUUCUCUGUCGGUGUCGUUUCCAGAUUUAUGCACAAUCCAAGCAAGCUUCACCUUGGAGCUGUAAAGAGAAUACUUAGAUAUAUCGUUGGGACAUUAGAUCAUGGUAUUUGGUAUUCUAAGGUAACAAGUUUCACAUUAACUGGUUUUACUGAUAGUGACUAUGCAGGAAACAUUGAUGACAGAAAGAGCACCUCUGGUUUCUUGUUUAAUCUUGGAUCUGGAGCAAUUUCAUGGAGUUCGAAGAAGCAGGAAGUGGUGGCCUUGUCAACUUCAGAGUCUGAGUAUAUUGCAUUAGCUUCUGCAGCUUGUCAAGAAGUUUGGUUAAGGAGACUUGUUGCAGAUUUUAAUUAG